AUGGCAUACGAUAAGUUGGCAGAUGAUUUUUUGGGAUUCAUUACUAAUCUCUCAAUUGUGAAGGUUCCAGCACCGGUACAUGAGGCAUUAAGGGAUGAAAAGUGGAGGAAGACUGCAGAUGGAACAGUUGAAAGGUAUAAGGCAAGGCUGGCGGCAAAGGGAUUUAUGCAAACCUACGGAGUAGACUAUGAGGUGACCUUUGCUCCGAUGGCCAAGUUGAACAAUAUCAGGGUGCUCGUCUCUUGCAGCAAAUCUAGACUGGCCUUUACAAAAACUAGAUUUGAAAAAAACGCAUUUUUGAACGGUGAACUUGCAAAAGAGGUAUACAUGGAAAUGCCACUAGGGGUUGAAAGGAGUGGAAAGGAUAGAAAAGUAAACAGCAAUGGCCUUGCAUCUUAUGCUUGUGGAAAAUGUGAAAAAAUGUCUUUGGUCUGGAAAAUGUCUGAGGAAGAAUAUGAAGAGUAUCAUCUGGUUUCAGAUAGUUUUGCGGUUUUUGGGGCGAUUUUGAAGAAGGGUUUUAGCCCAAAUGUCGUGACUUUUAAUUGUUUGAUUAAAGGGAAGAUAAGUGUUGCCAUUAAGUUGCUUGAAGAGAUGGUUAAUGGGAAUAAAGAAUCUAGUGUUAUUUGUAGGCUAGAUGUUGUUACUUAUAAUACUAUAAUUGAUGGUCUUUGCAAGGCUGGAUUGGUUGAGAAGGCUAGACAAUUAUUUUUGGAACAUAUGAUUCAGAGAGCUAAGGUGAAAGAUGCACGGAAUUUAGUUGGUGAGAUAGGAGUUAACGAUGUUUUCCUUGAUUCUUGGACAUAUGACAUUUUUAUUAAUGGACUUUGCAAGAACGGAUUUAGCAUUGUAGGUUUGAAUUCCCUCAUUGAUGGAUUAUGUAAAACAAAGAGGUUGGCAACUGCUUGGGACCUAUUUCAGAAAUUUUCUCUUCAUGGAAACCUGGUCCCAGACUUUGUAACGUAUAACAUUUUGAUCAGUGGGCUGUGUAAAAAUGGACAACUAGAAAUGGCAAAUGAGUUGUUGUCAUAUAUGGAGGAAAAAGGUUGUGCUCCAAAUGUAGUCACAUUUACUACGCUCAUGUUAGGUUUCCUCAAGAAUAAUGAGAUACCAAAAGUUGUUGAACCCCUUCAUAAGAUGGUAGAGAGAAAUGUGAUGCCGACUGAAUGUACAAUGUCCUUAGUCAUGCAAUUACUAAUGAAGGCCAAAAAUUAUCGUGAAUGUUUGAAUGAUCUUCCUCAAUUUCCGGUCCAAAAGCAAAAUUAG